AUGAUGAAACCGGCCACCAGUUGCCUCACCUCGUUCGCCAUCCACCACCUCCUCGGCCUUAACGACAAGGACGACGCCCAAGUCGACGUCAUCGACGUCAUCGACGUCAUCGACGUGCCCGGCAGAGGGCAAGGGGAGGGCGAGAGGGAGGGGCAAUAUGUCGAGGAAGAAGAAGAAGAAGAAGACAACGAAGAAGAAAAGGAAAACGAGUCUGCAGAGGCAGAGGCGGUGCCGACCACAAUCGCCGUCCGCCCGUUCAGGCUCGGAGUCGAGCAGACCGUCUUCGGUGCCGCUUUCUCUCCUCACCCGCCCUCCCUGCCCUCGGUCCCGUCAGCGGUUGGACGACUGGACCAGGCGCCUAGCAACGCGACAGCUCAGUUGCCGGCUCCGAGUCUGCUCGGCACGGGUCAGCAGACUCUGCUUUUCGGUAAGUCACAACCGCGUACGUCUUUGUCGCUGGCCACUUUGUAUCUUCACCGAAUGCAUACCGUUCACUUUGAGCACAACCUUCAUCACCUGCACACAGCAGCACAACGUUCGUGGACACACAAUUCACGACGUAGACGACGCGACCUGCCAGAGCAUCGCUGCUUUCACAAUUUUCACCAACUUCACGACAUUCACGACGUUAUCCAAUUCACAUCUCCCACCAAGUUCGUGCUGUUCCCUCGAGCGCUACUCCCCUCGUCUAUGUGCAUGUAG